UCUCCGACCCUUCUGCUCGCACCUCAGCUCUCUCUGCCACCGUCAUACAGACCGUCCAAGCAUUCAGAAAGAAAGGAACAUCUGCAUCACUCUGUUCAUCAGCUACAUGCCUUCUCUGCCUCACAGCAGCAACUUCACUUCAAACACUGUCCCCAACUACAACAACAAGCUUCACUCAGACGACAAUAAUCGGCCGCACACAAUGCCAGCUCCCCAAGCCGCUGUGUCUGCCACGCCAAAGUCUCCGCGUCUCGCCUCCAAGACAGACGCUCGAUCUCCGCCAUCGAUGAAGAGAUCGGAUCAACCGCUUACUAUGCCAACUACACCGCGCUCCAUCAUCUCUACGACUCCACCUCACAGCCCAUUGCCUCGACAGAGAGAUGUCAAGUCUGUGUCGCCAUCGACUCCUGUGAGGCUGAGGCUGGUUGAGGUGCGUGGGACGAUGGAUAGGAAUGGGAGGUUCAUUCCGGGUGCGAGAAGUCCUUCGAAGACGCCUGUCAAGACGCCUGUCAAGACACCGAUCAAGACGCCUACGAAGACACCUGCCAAAACUUCCACCCUUUCAACUUCUCAGAAGUUGGCAAGUGGUCUGAGUGGCGGGUCGCAGACUAGUAAAAUAUCGAAGUCUGAUGGCGCUAUGCCUCCUUCUAAGAUUCCAACUAUCACGCGCGCCGGUAGAACUAUGAAGACCCCCUUGACAUCUUCUUGUUCGAACGGCAAGGCUUCGAAGGCGAUUGAUGCUACAAAAGCUUCUUCAAGAAUUCCUCGUCCCUCCAGAUCGGCAAUUCGUUCCAAAGCUUCCUCGAAAUCAGAUGCGUCUUCGAAACCAUCUCGAUCGUCAAGACCUCCACGGCCCAAAGCUUUGGACACGGGAAUGAAACGCCAACCCAGCAACUUGAACGGUCGCGCAAGAAUGUCUACAGUACGUAGUCAGACAAGACCUCAAUCCGCGACCCUCAAGUCCAUGCUGCAGAGAUCACGUCCCAAGGCUCCUCCUCCUCCUAAGGUUCGCAACAAAGAAGCGUGCAAACCACAACCCAACAUCACCACGACCCGCGUUAAAUCUAUCAUCGUCGGACACUCCAACAUCACCACCCGAAAGGCGCGGUCCAAGUCACCCCCGAGCAUUCCUCCUGCGAAGGAAACUCCUCCCUCUAAUCCUAAGACUACGGAUUCAACUGACAAGCAGGAGCCAAAGGGUCCAACUAACAAACAACAGAAAGACGACGGUAAGACUACUAACUCCCCCCCACUAACCAGCACAGCAAAAACGCAGAAAAUCCACGCCUUAAUCUCUAAGCUCCACACCAAAAUCGACAACAUGAAACUAGAUCCUCUCCAAUGCACCAACCCCGUGGCAGCACCUCAGACUUCCAAAAUCCCCAUCCGAUCCACCAAACCCAUCAAAACCGCAAAAAAGCACAACAUCUCCCGCGCCCCCCCGAACCCUCUCAACCUCACCACUACAGCCAAACCCUCCAAAAUCCCCACUAGACCCCCGAAAAAGAAACCCUUCAGACUCCGCAUCGACCGCAUCUCCUUCGAGCCCAUAGGGAAAGAACCAACGUAUCCCACAAACCCGCUAAGUCCCUCCUCUUCUUCUUCCUCGAGUGCUAGUUCUGCUCACCGUGACUGCAGCAACUCGUUCCCGCCUGAACGUAUCGGACCAGAGUUGGCUGAAAAGCUCGAUCGAGCUCUCGAUGAGCAUGAGCGUGUGUUGAGCGAGUAUCGGCAGAAGCUUUGGGAGGAUUGGAAGCCUUGGAAUCAGAUGGUUGCGUGUGCGAUGCCGCGUAGGAGAGGUGGUGCUAGGAGGCGCAUUGCGUGGAGGGUUAAAUGGUGA